AGAGCGCAAAUCAGCAGUGAGCGCAGCAGGAAACACUUCACUGAUAAUCCUCAACCACUCUGUCCAUACACACACCUCGAAGGCGAGGUAAACACGGCUCGAGCCUGCUCACCUUUACCGUUCGGCGUGGUUUUCCUCUUCACUUCAGGAUAAUUGCGCAAACCCGCUUGAAUCGUGGACAGAGCCGGGACAUCGGGCCGCGGUGAAUCAGGUGGCUGAGGAGAACCCGUGAGAGAGGGCAGUGUGAGUCCCGGCCCGUCCAGGGACCAUGAAGAGGUUCAGGCGUCAUGGGCACGAGUCUCAGAGGGACAAGCACAAACAGGAUCUCUAUCAGUUCAACAAGACUGUAGAGCAUGGCUUCCCCCAUCAGCCCAGCGCUCUGGGAUUCAGCCCCAGCCUGGAGCUCCUGGCCAUCGGCACUAGAUCAGGAGCAAUCAAGCUCUACGGAGCUCCAGGUGUGGAGUUUAUGGGGCUUCACGAUGAGAAUGCGGCAGUUACACAGGUGCACUUCCUACCAAACCAGGUGGAGUUGGUCACAUUACUAGAGGACAACAGUCUACAUAUGUGGACACUUCGAGCUCAUAACAGCAUGUGUGAGCUGCUUGAGAUCGGACGGUUCACUCUCUCUGGUCCACCUGGUGCCAUUCCCAGUGUGACGCGGGUCACUGCGGUCCUGGCACACUCAUCUGGUGAGCUGCUGCUGCUUGGAACAGAAGGAGGACACGUGUUUGUUGUGGAAGUGCCAGGAUUCAGAGAACUGGAAGAGAACAACAUCAGCGUGGAGGACGUACAAAACAGAGUUCCAGAGGAUUAUGUUGGCCGCAGAAAUCUGGAGAGUGUGGAGACUCUGCAUGAAAACCCGCUGAACCCUCGGCAAGUGCUGAUUGGCUACAGCCGAGGUCUGAUGGUUCUGUGGGAUCUGGACCGGCAGCGUCCCGUCCAACACUUUCUAGGCACGCAGCAACUAGAGAGUGUUUGGUGGAUGGAGGAUGGUGAAAGCAUUCUCAGUUCGCACAGUGAUGGAAGCUACUGCCAGUGGACGGUGACUGGCGAGGAUCCGCAAACAGAGCCAGAGAAGCAGGAGACGCCGUAUGGUGCCUUCCCAUGCAAGGCUAUAUCCAAAAUUAUACAGUUGCCAUCAAAACAAGGUCCUCCAUUCCUCAUCUUCAGUGGAGGGAUGCCGAGGGCCAGUUAUGGGGACAGACACUGCAUUUCUGUCAUCCACAGCAAAAUUCAUGAAGCGCUGGACUUCACCUCUCGCAUUAUCGACUACUUCGUCAUUCGCGAAGGAGAGAACCAUAAAGGUGAACCCAGCGCUCUUGUGGUUUUAGUGGAGGAGGAGCUGGUUGUGGUGGAUCUGCAGACUGAAGGGUGGCCCGUCAUCCAGACGCCGUACCUGGUGCCAUUACACUGUUCAGCCAUCACUUGCUCGCACCACGUCUCCUCCAUCCCUCUCAAACUGUGGGAGCGAGUGCAAGCUGCGGGAGCCCACCAGAACACACACUACUCCAGGAAGCCUUGGCCUAUAAACGGAGGCAAGAAUCUGGCCCCAGACCCUCCCCAGAGAGAUCUUCUCCUGACGGGACAUGAAGAUGGAACGGUGCGAUUCUGGGACGCCUCAGGGGUCUGUCUUUACCCCAUGUACAAGCUCAGCACGGCAGGAGUCUUUCACACAGACGCCGAUCCAAACGACAACAUGAACCAGGGCAGUGAAGGAGAGUGGCCUCCGUUCCGAAAGGUUGGCUGCUUUGACCCAUAUAGCGAUGACCCUCGGCUGGGCAUUCAGAAGAUCCACCUGUGUAAAUACAGUGGAUAUCUCACAGUGGCUGGAACUGCAGGACAAAUUCUGGUUUUGGAGCUGAAUGAUGAGGCUGCAGAGCAGGUGGUAGAAGCUACAGUAGUGGACCUGCUGCAAGGUCAGGAGGGUUUCCGCUGGAAGGGACAGGCGCGACUAGACAUUCGAGAGGAACCGGUGCUGUUUCCUCCAGGCUUUCAGCCGUUCGCCCUGGUGCAGUGCCAGCCGCCUGCUGUGGUCACUGCAAUCGCUCUGCACUCCGAGUGGAAACUAGUGGGCUUCGGGACCAGCCAUGGCUUUGGUCUUUAUGAUUAUAACCAGAAGAAUAACAUCAUGGUCAAAUGCACCCUAAACCCCAGUGACCAGAUGGCCAUGGAGGGGCCGCUGUCACGAGUCAAGUCCAUCAAAAAGUCUCUGCGACAGUCCUUCCGCAGGAUCCGCCGCAGCCGAGUCUCCAUGCGCAAACACCACACUAACAACGCAGCCAAGCUGCAGGAGAUCAAUGCCAGGCUGGAGGCUGAGGCUCUGCAGGAGAUGGAACUGGCUCCUGUACAGAGAAAGAUUGAAGCCCGAUCAUCUGAUGACUCCUUCACGGGUCUCGUCAGAACGCUCUACUUCGCAGAUACGUUUGUCAGUGAUAGUUCUCACAGUACACCUUCACUGUGGGCAGGGACCAAUGGCGGAGCUGUGUAUGCAUAUGUCCUCCGUGUCCCACCACAGGAACGAAGGGCAGAGGAUCCAGUGACGGCUCAUGCAGCCAAAGAGAUCCAGUUGAUGCAUCGUGCUCCAGUUGUUGGUUUGGUGGUCUUGGAUGGGAAGGGAGCCCCUCUGCCCGAACCCCUAGAAGUGGCACAUGACCUGGCACGCAGUCCUGAAAUGCACGGCUCACACCAUCUAUUGGUUGUGUCAGAGGAGCAAUUUAAGCUUUUUACACUGCCAAAAGUGAGCAGUAAGUCGAAGCUGAAGCUGACGGCGGUGGAUGGCUCUCGUGUGCGGCGUGUCGGUGUGGCUUGGUUUGGUUCUCGGACCGAUGAACAGUUAGAGAGCUGUCUGGUGGUGCUGACCAAUCAGGGGGAGCUCCACGUCAUCUCUCUCCCCUCCAUCAAAAUGCUGGUCCAUUAUCCUUGCAUACGGAGAGAAGACGUCAGUGGAAUCGCAUCCUGUGUCUUCACCAAAUAUGGCCAAGGUUUCUACCUGAUCUCUCCAUCUGAGUUUGAGCGGUUUUCUCUCUCCACCCGUUGGGUUGUGCAACCUCGCUGUCUGGUUGAGCCUCCCCUCCAGAUGAGGUCCAAGAGCCCAUCAAGCCCUGUUAACAGGGACCUGCUGGAUGGAGUACCCACCGAACACAGAAAUUUCAAAGGGGACAGUGAAGGAUAUGAGAAUUCUGCUAGACAAGUAAUGGAGCAUGCUUUGCUCAACGAUGAGAGUGUUCUGCAAGAGAUCCAGAAGUCUCUAGAAGGAGAUCAAACGACGUUCCUAGAGAACAAUCUGAAGACGAAGCCUAAAGCAGGCAAUGUGCUGAGCAAUGGAGAUUGAGCCUUUUUAAAUUCCCAGUGCCUGAACGAUUGUGGAUGCGCUCUUCAUUCUAGACUUGCUUCCGAUCUGAACACUACUGUUAGUUACCACUACUGAACCAUGACAAAGAGAGCGAAACCUCCUACACCCAGACAGGACAGGAGAGAGCGAGGGACCACCACCAGUGCCUGCCAAGACCAAACACUGUAUUUCCACUCACUCCAUCACACGCUAGCCGCUCACAACACCUCAGCAAACACAGCGGCAUUUCAAAGACUCGCAGUUUCUUUUUUAACUUAUUUUUUUAAUGCAUGACUUCCCUUUUGUACCAGAUCAAUGACCUCAGAGUUUUGCGUAGAUGGUGUAAAAUACUUGCGUUUGGAUGCCAUGAGCGGUUGCUGACCAUUUAGGGUUGGACGACUAAGGCAGCAUUAGCAAUAGAUGCUAACGUUAAACCGCAUACACAUUUUAAGUAUUCCACAAAAAGUAGUGUUGCCUUUUGCCCGUCCAGGAUUCAAGUUCUUAUAGGUACUCGUACACUACUGUGUAGUACAUAUGCUGUAGUUUCUAGGGUGUACAGCUUUCUGAGGGGCUAGGUUUUGAUUUUUGGUUUUAUUUUCUGGUUUUAUUUUUUAACGUAAUUCUGUUUUUGUUAUGCCACGAAUGAACGAUGUAAUCUAGGAAUGUAAUUUUAAAAAUAUUGUAGUCAAAUGUUUUUAAUAUAUGUGUAUAUGAAAAAACUAAAUCCGUACCUGUUUUUUUGGACGGUGGGUUACUUCUACGGAGGGCCAUAUUUUCUGAUCGGAGGAAAUAUUUUGGUACUGUCUCCUGAAAUGCUUUUUUAGCGUUUUCUUUGGGGGGGAGGUCUAGAAUAUAUUUUUGUAGAAACAUGAUGAUUAUGUAUGAGAACACUAAUUAUUAUUCUUUCUAAUUUCACACUACAGUCUUCUCAGUAAAACGAUUUUUCACACAAA